AUGGCACUUGAGUUUGUUAUCUUUCUGCUGUUUGAGAUUCCUUACUACAUAUACAGUAUACAUGCAUUGGAUACUUUAGUAUUUGUCGAGCUAUGAUGACACAGGAGCAGUAACAACUCAAAGUGAUUGAGUGACGCCAUUAUUGAAUAUACCUGUUGGGACACCUUACAUCAGAAGAAUCAUCUCGAUUGCAGACCCAGAGUUCCUCAACAAUGCAAAGACAUUGAUAAGAGGUGUGAGGAUCAUUUUCCAACUUUUCAAGGAGACCUAUACAUGUAGGUCUAUCCAAAGACAGUCAAAGAAACAGGUCUACAAGAUGGCUUUAUUUUUACGGACUAGAAACUGCGUUUUAGCAGUGAAGCUUUUCACAUUUCUGGUAAUCCUGUCCUGUGUGACGGACUUCACAGGAGCGCAGGAUCCUAGUUUGGAUCCCAAGAAUAAUAGUAUUAUCCGAUGGGGUGAGCUGCCCCCGGUCCCCAUGGCUACCAACGUUACCCCAUCAGGAUCCAGACCCAGUACGCUUGCCGUUAUGGCAGAAGGGUUCGUGGACGUCGUUCAGCCAAAUGGCUUGCCUCUGGAUUACAUCCAGUUUGCUCUAGAAACAACUGUCUAUAAUAAUACUUCAUACUAUGAGGAUAAUUGGCAGACAGAAAUGUGGAAGAUUAUGGGUCUGUUCGUGGGCAUCAUCGUGUGCGUGUUGUUCGGCAUUCUCUACUUCAUCAUCGUGCCCAUCACGGGGUUCAUCUUCAGCUGCUGUCGAUGCUGUGAUCGAUGUGGAGGAAAGAGGGUACAGCGAGAGACCAAGCACAUGGGAUGCAAGAGGGUCACUCUCAGCCUCUUCUUCUUCUCAUUCACUGGUAUCAUCUGUGCUGGCAUGGCUUUCACAAAUGUUUCCAAUGAAUUUAUCAAGACAUCGGUAGACGUCUUUAAAGUCACAGCUGACAGCGCUCUGGGAGACCUAGAGUCCUACUUCAUGGCAGUAAACGAGCAAAUUGAAUACAUGGUGGACACAGAAUAUGCAUACGUUGACACAUUAUUGACCACAAAUUUAGAAGAUAUUGGAACAGAGAUUGGUGAUCCCAUAGAGGAGUAUUUGCUUGAUGAAGCUGGCCUUCAGGAAGUGAUCGAUUCUGUUUCGAAUGUUUCUUCCACUUUUGAUGACAUGGAGGAGGCACUGAAUGAGAUUGAAAGUCUUCGUUCAGAGCUGAUCGACCAGUCCAGCGAGUUGGAGAAUGAACUGAACCAGGUGGCUUCAGAUCUGGAUGCGAUCAAUUUAGCCUGUAGCAAUUGUAUAACAGGCAUAGACCAACUUGUAAUUAAUGUGAACUAUACUGAGUUGCCAUCGGUACAGCCACAAAUAGAAGGAGUUGAAGAGGCCAAUAAUUUGACUAAAAAUAUCACUCAAGAGAUCAAUGCUGUCCUUGGUGACAUACCAAACCAAAUCGACACCAUGACACAGGAUGAGGUCCAGGCAGCACUGGACCAACUUGAGGAUGCAGAGAAAGAAGUCAGAGGCAGCUUCGAUGACAUCAACGUUACAAUUUCAGAUGUUGUUGGAACACUUUCAGAUGCAAAAGGAACGUUGGAUGACUCUUGGGGAGAUGUCGAGGUUUACCAGCAAUAUGUAUACUAUGCCCUGAUAGGUGUGACUUGUACAGUCCUGUUGAUCAUUAUGUUCAACCUAAUCGGUCUUACCAUGGGCACCUUCUCCUACAAGAAUGUCCAUCCUAUGGAAAGGUCCAGGAUGUCCAAUGCUGGUGGCAAUGUCCUCAUGGCUGGUGUGUUCUUCACUUUCUUCUUUGCCCCAAUCCUGAUGUUGAUAACAUGUGUUGCCUUCGGUGUCAUGUCUGUGACAACUCUAAGCUGUGAUCCUCUGUUGUCCUAUGAUCUUCUUAGAAAGACUAUUGAUGAGCCCAACACGAUAUCUGAAGGUUACUAUCUGGGAGACCUGGUAUACCAGGAUUCAUCCAUCCCACUGACUGCUUCAGGGAUCUUGACAGAAUGUGGCAACGGUUCUACAGCAUACACUGCCUUCAAGCUUGAUACUCUGUAUGACUUUGGCAACCUUACACAGCAACUGGAUUCUCUUGAGGAUGAAUUCGACAAGAUCAUCAAUAGUGUCAACCCCAAUGAUCUCAACUAUGACUUCCAGUUUGCAGACUUCACAGAUGAUCUCGAUAAACUGAAAAAUACUACAGACUUGGGUUCAAUCAACUACACUCAGUACGAUGCACUGCUGAAUGAAGAUAUCACUGGUAUCAAUCUAACUGUAUAUGCAAAUAAUCUAACAGACUUAGCUGCAAAUCAUCCAACUCUGGGUCCCAAUAUUACAGCAGCAGCAGAUGCCAUCAUGAAUAUCCAAGUGACCAUUGUUGAACCCAUGGAGGCAAAUGCAGCCGCGAUAUCGAGCCAACUGAUGACCAUACAAGAUUUAGAGAACCAGUUGGACGAACAGAUCAUCCAGACCAACAUUGCCAUCACAGAUGCGGAGGCUGCGAUAGAUAGCAACGCUACCUCGGAAGCGAUCAUUGACAUCAGUGAGGAGUAUGCCAACAGACUGCUUGGCUAUGGGACCCAGUACUCUGAACAGAUUGAGAAUCAGGUUGAAAAUGAAUUUGCCAAGUGCAAGCUUAUUUCAUCUCUUUAUGACAGCUCUAUUGAGUUUACAUGUGACUACCCUAUAGCUUCAUUGAACACAUUUUGGUUCACGGUUGGCUGGUGUGUCUUCUUCUACGUCCCAUCCAUCAUCGCUGCGGUCAAAUUGGCCAAGUACUACCGCAUCAUGGAUGAAGACGCACCCUACCGCGCCCCAAAGAAAUCCAAGAAGAAGAAGAAGCAACAGCGACGAGAUUCUGAUGAAGAAAUGCCUAUGGAUGAUAUGGAUCAUGGAACUGGAUAUGUUGCUCCCAUGCAUGGCAAUAAUAGACACCAACAAGUGGUAGGACCAGACAACAUACGUUUGGUAGACAAUGGGCGGCCGACGAGUAUGAUGCCUCAGCAAAACCCGCAUUAUGUGCAAGAUGAGCCCAUCAUGGCAUAUAAUGACCUAGGUCGCCCCAUGGCUCCUCCACCAGCCUACAACCCCGGUCGAUCAAAAAUAGCAAGGAAUAAGUUGGCUGUUUUCAAGGAAAUGUUGAAAGACCAGGAGGAAAAUGCUUUCGCAGGCCCAAGCACAUCGACGGCAGGUGGGGCCAGUCGCAACGGAGUCCUGUUUGGAACGUUUGGAGACAGACAGAUGUCAUUUGAAGAGGGAGAAUGGUAUCAAUUCCAGAACACUUCUAAUAUGGCUAGUGCACUGCAGCGGUCCAUAAGCAGUAGGCAACCGUCUUUCGACGACCGCAAAUCCUGGUCCCGUCAGCAAUCCAGUAUAGACAGAGGUUGGCUAUGGGGAAGGCAGCAAGCUAUAGAUGAAGACCAUUUGAGCCCAGAUACAGGCCUGUCACACCGUAGUAGAGACUCCUCAUUCGAAGAUGUAUUCUCAGCUAGUGGGAGAUUAAGUCCCAUGAUGUAUCGCAUGCCCUCCGACCCUUUUUCUAACCUCCCCCCUCCCCCGCCCUCCCUCCUCUGUGCAGCCAUACACCAGCACUCCUCAGGGUACUACCCCCAGGAGCCAUCCCCACCCCCUCCUCCCCCACCCCCAAUCAUCCCCAUCUACUCAGUCCCCAACAACCUCCUAUCCCCUCCCCAGCAAUUCAGGCCGUCCGGCCGUCGCUUGGUCAGGCAAUACAGGACUUCGGCUUCCCCGACUUUGCCAAUACGCAUCAUCCCUCCCCCUCCCGAUUACCCUCCAGAGCCUCCCAUGAGCGAUACAUCUUCCCCGUCGUCCAGUCGAUCCCCACCCCUGCCUCCCCCACCCCCUUCCCCUCCCCCAUCACCCCCUCUCAUUGCAAGUUCUCCCCUCCCAAGACCGAGACCUAUACCCCCUCCCAGACUCUCUGUUAAUGUUGAUUAAUGAUUGUCACUAAUU